AUGGGAGUUACUUGCUGGGUAUCAGUGCUGCUGGCCUCUCAGAACAACAACCCCAUUAAAGUCUAUUCUCUGGCCAAUUAUAGAACCCAACUUAGUCACGUUUGGGCUAAUGUAAUUUCCACGAUCCCAACUUGGUCACUUAAUUUCUGUCUCCUUUUUAACCGCGCGGAAAUUUGACUAGUGCUAUAUAUUUUUUAUCGUUCUUCCCAGGACCAGGUGAACCAACAAAAUGAGGGGUACUUGACUGUUAAUUCUGCUUUACUGCGGUCAUGCAAGAGUGGGAGGGACUUUGCGCUCGGACAGUUUUACUUAGUAUCUGUUUUUCCGAGUGUGAGCAUUCGCUUUUUGAUAAACCGAUGGCCGUAUCUGAGCCCCCCGUGCCAGACGCACCGCUGUUGAGCCUGGGUUCGAAACUGUAUCCCAGCAACACCAGCGCAUUGCUAGCAGAGUGGCUUCCUGGUAGGUAGCUGAAGAAAUCAGUCUCUUGAAUAACUUCUUUUUUUAUUUUUCUUUACCUUUUCGUAAAUGAAAAAUAUCACUAACUGUAUAAGAGUACAUUACCUGGAGACAGAGGCAUUGGUCAUUACCUCUUGGGACAGUGGCGUUCACUCGGUAACUGAUCUUGUUAUUUAUUAGGUUCACAUUGACUUGUGUCACAUCAGGAACUGUUCUACGCAGGGAGGCGUGUUUCUGUUAGAAGAAUUCGGUAAGUACUUGGCGAGACUGUUUACCUAUGAUCCAGUUUGGAACCGUUUAGGUACAAGGUUUCAAGAAAAGGAAAGAAAAAAACUGUUAUUUUGUUGUUCAAUGUCAGUAGGCUUAAGAAUAAAUAGACUUUAGCGUUUGAAACCAAUCGAGAUCCGAUUAUCGAUUAUCGGGAAAUUUUUUACACAAAAUUACCCAGGUAAUAUCGCAAAAAAGCAACCUUUGAUCGGACGGGUCUUCUCUACCAGCUAUGUAAAUAGUAUUGUAAACUUUGGAUUAACAUUAUGAUGAAACAUUUAUUCUUGCAGUGCCAUCCACGCAAGAAACAAUUCAACACAGAUUUGGCUCACAGAUGGUACGUACGUUUUUUGAAUUUUUUUUUUUUUGCCUUGCUACUUCUUAGUCGAUUCUUGUUUACCGAUUAGUCAUACUUAACCCUAGUAUCAAAAUUAAAUUUAGAUUUGUUAUCCUUAUACAUUUCCUAUAGAAGUGGCGGGGAGUGAAGUAUUCAUUAAAUUUAUCUCGUGUGAUUAUGUACCGACUUUGUUUUGUAAAGCAGAAAUAUUACAAGGAGAAAUUUGGUGCCGAUUACGCUGAAUAGCCUGCAAGCAAGCUCUAUUGGGAGCCCUGGGGUCGGGGGAGAAAAACUCGUUUUCUUCCGCCCCCCCCCCUUUACCCCCAGCGCCCCCCUUGUUGUUCUAUGCAGCACGAAAGAGGAAAGGAGCCCCGGACAAUUGGGGCAGGAGGGGUAUGGGAAGCGGAAGCGAAAAGGGCAGGAGGUGGAAUUUCUAAAAGGGAGGGAAGCGGAGGAAAUAUGGGGCAAUUACCCAACGAUGCUUAAUAUUUCGCAAUCGAAAAAGGGCUGAAAUGAGGAAGCCAAGAAAACAGGGGCGGGAGACAGGAGGUUUGGACCCCACCCUACAGUCGUGUUUCCUUAAUAAUUCUCUCUCUGAAUAGUACGUAUUGGCUUUAUUUUCAGUGCAAUCAGAUUUGCUAUGCCGUACUCUGCCUGUUCUCGUACGUGGCAGCUUCGCGGCAUACAAGUAACACCGGAUAAGGAUUUCAAUCUCAGUUGGUUCUAUGGCAUUAUAGACACCUCCCCACCCCCGUCCCUUCAUAAGUGCAAGGGCCGGGCCUUGUCCAGCGAGAGCUUCAAGCAAUCUGAGCACGUAUGGGUUGGAUUCCGUGAACUGCAUGAAUCGUCACCUUUCAAUUUGAAUCCUGCCAAACUUGCAGGAAACGUUUCUUCGCACCAGUCUAGAGCUAACAUUUACAACUCUGCUAUCUCCCAUUAA